UCUGGGCCCCUCAGUGCAGGCUUUCUGCCAUGGGGUCUCUGCUCCCCCUCUUUCUGCUGCUUUUGCUGGCAGCCUCCUACCAGCCAACUGGGAGCAGGCGGAGGCGCUGGGGUACCCGGACGCAGGGAACGGGAGGUAGAUCUCCCGCACCCUCGGAGACCUCAGCACCGUUCUGGGUGCGCAUAAGCCCCGAGUUCAAGGCCGUGCCGCCGGGGGGCUCACUGUGGCUCAACUGCAGCAGCAGCUGCCCCCUACCGGAGGGUUUCAGCCUCCGCACCGUGCUGCAGCGGGGCGAGACGCUCAGUGGGCCCCAUUGGGUAUCCUACCAGCUGCUGGAUGUGAGGGCCUGGAGCUCCGAUGUGCAAUGCUUCGUCACCUGCGCAGGAGAAACGCGGGAGGCCACCGCCAGGAUUACCGCCUACAAACAGCCACGCAGCGUGAUCCUGGAGCCUCCGGUCUUAGUGCACGAUGAGUACACUCUUCGCUGCCACGUGACGCACGUGUUCCCCGUGGGCUUCCUCGUGGUGACUCUGAGGCGCGGUGGUCAAGUCAUCUACUCAGAAAGCCUGGAGCGCUACACUAGCGUGGAUCUGGCCAAUGUGACGAUGACUCACACCCUUCAUGCCAGGCCCAGUGACUUCGGGCAGCCAGUGACCUGCCACGCCCACCUAAAUCUCGAUGGCCUGGUGGUCCUCAGUAGCUCGGCACCCAUGAUGCUGACAGCUUUCGCUUGGAGUCCCGCAUCCAAAGCCUUGGCCUCCACCUCCAUCGCAGUCUUUGUGGUGAUUCAUCUCGUCGUGGGGGCCCUCUACCUUCGAAAGUGCCUAUUGAUGCAGUCCCGGGCCUAGAGGCACUGGUCCAUGCUGGCUGAACUGGAGGAAAAAGGAAUCUGGAACUAUUUGGAGAACCCUGCCUGUCUCAAAAAAGCCUUCCUCAGCCAGCUUCUGUCCCUGGACAUAAAGGUCCCCCAUUAGUGCUCCUCUUCUGACAAAGUAGUUGUCUUUUUUUGGCCUUGCCUCUAUCGUUUUCUCCAAGUUCCUUGUUUCCCUGAAGGCACCUGAGGUUUCUUCACUCUGGUCUUCUGCAUGGGAGCCCCAAUCUC